AAAGCGGGUGAAAUACCGAUUCCUUCGUGUUUGGCAAUUCAAUGGAAGCAGAUACGUAGCUCUAAUGCCUUGCGCUGGACAGCCAAGAAUUGUAAUCAUCCUGGUAGAUUCAUAUGCAAGAAGCCUUCUGUUGUUGUACCGGAAGAGUUGAAUAAAACAGUGAGUCAAAUGCAUGGCAAUUUAACAUCUGUGAAUUACCCAUCGAAUUAUCUCAACGACCUCGAUUAUAUUGCCGAAGUCAUUGGACCAUCCAAUUCCCGUGUGGUGCUCACGUUUCAUCACUUUGAUCUCGAAUGGCAAGAAGAUUGCCUUUACGAUUUUGUGCUCUUGCGUUCCGAUUUGAAAGAAGAAGGAACCAAAUUAUGUGGCGAACAUCUCAGCGAGAGAGAAUUUGUGUCUAGGACAAACAAAGCUUACGUCAGUUUCCAUUCAGAUUUCUCAAUUACGGCUUCAGGUUAUUUGGCUUCAUGGGAAAUCGUUGACCUUUCUGUCUGCCUUAACAGGAAGCUGCUAAUUCUAGAACCAACUCAUAUCACGAGUCUGCGAUAUCCCCGGGCUUACUUGGGUGGACUGGAGUGCCGUGUGACUGUCAGUGCUUCGUCAACAUCGAAACGUCUUCUGCUGACUGUUAUCGAUCUUGAUCUAGGCCACUGUAUGGAUGACUACCUUGAAGUAAACCUGGAUCCAGCUGAUGAGAUGAAAAAAAUUAAAUUAUGUGGAAAUGAUAUAUUACCCGGUACCCAGCUUCUAGCGUAUGGUAACGAGGCUCAUUUUGUCUUUCAUAGCGCUGAAGAUACUACAAUGGGAAGCCCAAAAAAUCGUGGUUAUAACCUUACGUGCGAAACCUGGGGAGAGAAUACGUUAGAGAGCACUCUCUACUUAAAUUCUAGAAGAAAAGGUAAGAUUUACAGUCUUAACUUCCAACAUCAGCUGCCAGUAGGUCUCAACUACAGCCAGAGAAUGAUAGUCCCUGUUGGUUACAAGAUUUACCUUCGUUCACCUAACAUAAGUUACUCAUCUACUGAAAGAUCCAUAGCAUGCGAUGGCAGCGGAAUCCUGAUUCAGGAUUAUUAUUCUGUACAAAAAACUCUUUUCUUCUGGAGUCCUUGUCAAUCUACAAACUUGGAAGAUGCGGAAGGAUUUUGGUCGACACUGCAUGUUUUGAAUAUCCAGUCUUGGAAUUUUGAUGGCAGUUUGCCUUUGUUUUACUUUGACUACAAGGUUAUUAAAGAUGAUCAUUUUGUAAAUACAACACUCGCUUUGCCAUCAGAUUCAGUGGAUUCAUGUAAACCCAACCCUUGCCAGCAUAAGGGCAGAUGCAUAAGAAAUGGAACCUCAUACCGGUGUCACUGCUUUGGCCAUUACACAGGUUUAUUUUGCCAGCUUACCUGGUGCGAUGUAAAUAUAUGUGGUGAAAAUGGCAUCUGUAACUUGACACUUAAUGGAUGGAACUGUGACUGCUUGCCAGGAUAUUCGGGACCUCGUUGCCAGCAAAGAGUUACACCAUGUUCUCCAAACCCCUGUGAAUCAAAUGGUGUAUGCACACUUCGAAACGGAAGUUUUGCUUGCGUUUGUGCUCCUGAUUAUGAAGGGACACACUGUGAAAAAUUUGUGAUUCGUAUUCCUUAUAAGCCUUUAAGUCAAAGAAUGUUGGAGGAGCCUUUCUGGCUUGGUCUUAUAACUGUAUUCAGCGUUUUGUUAAUUAUACUUUGCGUAUAUUGCAUCAAACGCAAAUUCGCAGACAAAAUUGAGAAAUUUUUGGCAGAAGAAAUUGAAAGGAGCAAGUUCCAACCUUCACCACCAGCAACAAGGUAUAGCUUAAGUUCUACUCAGCCAAGCCUCACGCCAGGAAAUCAAAGCCCACAAACAUGUCCGAAAUCCUUGUUCAGCCGUAUCCGAAAAAAUAGUCUCCUGAGUACUGCCUGUAGCCCAAGCCCAACUCCUGACAGAGAGCAGUCCCGGACGUUUAGCUUUGAUGACAUUCUACGUAGGGUACAUUCCUCCAAAAGAAAUAAGGCACCUUCAAAUAAUCCUUCCUCUAGUGGAGCAAGUACGUCUAAUCCUCCUCAUGCAGUUACUUCAAAGGAAGAAGCAGCGAAGAAAGAGGAGGAGAAAUCCCGUAUUUUAGCGUCACUAGUUACAUCCAACAAAGAAGCUGUUUCAAGACGCAUGAGCCUCGACGAAUUUUUUCGAAUGAGUGAAAGGAAAUUACAGCUAAGUGCAAAAAGAACGAACAGUACCGCUGAAAGUACGGAUUCUGAAAGUGGCAAGAGAGAAACGAGUUUCAUAUCUAUCGCAUCCCCCAAAACUCUAAGGCAAUCCUUUUCGGAGAUUCAAAGCAUUCGAGAGCAGUCUAUUGAAUACAUGUCAUCAUCAGAAAGUUUAAGUGGUGAACCAAGCACAAGUGAAAUUCAGGCCGAUGUAUCACCUAAUCUCCCUUCCUGUACUUCAGAUCAAAAGUCCCAAGAUGAAGAGAACGUUAGGAAAUCACCAGAUAACUCUAUAGUUCAAACGCACUCAGCCGCUCCAAGUCCCACGCCUUCUGAAAGAUCUCUUGCGCCAUCUGUUAGUAUCAUAAUAGACCAGUGUGAAACAGAUGCAAAACAGGAUUCUGAAGCAGAUGAAAAAAACUGUGAUAAUGAAUCAAAAGGUGAUGCUUGUGAGAAAAUCAAACCUCUUAGCCCUGUCAUAUCAAGGAGGAGUUCCUAUCUCGAAGUGCCUCAUCCUAUUCCUGCAAUUCAUGUGUUUUCUGCUGAAGCAGAUGAACCAGAUAAUUCAAAUAAUACUUCUUCGCAGGAUAGAAAUGAACAAUCAUCCCCUUGCAAGAAAGACUUCGUGCCACCUCGAAAGUACUCUGUUGAUUUACCGAUGCCAAAAAUUUUAAUAACUGCCAACAUGAAUUCUUGUGAUUCAGAUGAAGCUAGUCCACCGCGUACUCCCAACCCUAAUAAAUCGAUGAUGUAUUUAAGUCCUCUAGCCGUAAUUUCAUCGUCUACUGAUCGCACUAUAUCUGAGUCUAAUCUCAGUACAUCAGGUUAUUCUUCUAUUUCUAGUCCUGGUCUAUCUCGUUGUAACUCUAGUAGCCCUAUAUCUGAUGAUGUUGACCACAAUCAUCAUCCAAACUGUAAUCGUAAAACAGAGCUACAGUCUCCUAAAAAACCUCACGGACUUCAAAUGACAUAUCUGAGUGUUGGUGGCAAUGAUAAAGCAUUUUUCUUUCCCCCAACAAUAGCAUGUCAUUGUCAUACCCCUAAUCAAUCUGCUCCUGUAGUGUUCGAACCAAAGAAUACGCCUGCUGUUCCUACCGUUUGGAAUCAAGGGAAACAUAGACUUCUCUAUAAUCGAACUUCGUAUCAAACAACAAGCACAGAUGACUCUAUUGAUGAUGAAGGUAUAGGAAUGGAUCAUAUUGACUUUAAAAUUCGUAAAGGUGAAGUUCGAAGCGCUCGAGAUUUAGAAAUGUACAUAGCUACAGAAAAGACAGUUCCACAGGACGCUUCUACUCUGUUGUUAAUAGAGUCAAGUAAGCCUGAUUUAUUAGCUUGUUCUGUUAACAACAAAGUGCAGAAUGGUACGAAUUUUAAAGGCAGUCCAAGGACAGGAGUACGAAAAGGGGAGAAACCUAAGAAAUAUACAGAUAAGCAUCGGCGGAGUCCGGUGAUGUCUCCAGCAAGCACACCUGUGAAAGACCACAAUGAAAAUGCAGAGGUUCGUAUCCCUCGCAACUCUUCACGAACUAGUAUAUGUGGACCUUUAGUAUCUUCAUCUGAAAGCGAUGAUCAAGAUGGAUACUUGGGUACAAGGCAGAAAAGCCAGACACGAAGGUCAAAGAAACAUGAAGCGGUUGCUGUUGGACAAAAACAGCCUUUGGUGUCAAUGCCUUCUUUAGACAGCAGUGGAACGAAAACCGACAAGAGCUCGGAUGCAACAGGAAGGUCUAGUCCCAUGUCUGAGAGCAAUGGAGAUUCUGCCCCCAUGGAUUCCCGAUCCCCUGCAUCUUCUUCCUCAGAAUCCCUCCCGUCCACAAGAGAUUCUACUAUCUGUGAAAAGGCUUUCUGCAAUCGACACAAAUUAGCUCUUGAGCAGCAUACAAGGUCUUUCCCCCCAUUAAAUCAGUGCUCAAGGCUUCUCAGCAACGAUGACAACAAAGGAAUUUUACAGAAAACUAAAAGUGAAGCUUCGAAGAAUCUUCCAUUCAUACAAUUUGAAUCAGAGGAAGAUAUCACACGAUCGUGCGAAGAGCAUCCAUGUCUUCGCCGACAGGAGGCGAUCGUCGAAGAUGAUCCCAGUGAUGAUUCCAGCAGCGAGACCACGGUGCUUCUCAGACGACCUCCAGAAAGUCCCAGGAAUGUGCAACAGAGCUCUUCCGCUGACGUGUCCGAAUGGGAGGCCUUCACGAAAGAGUGAUCCUGUGUUUCUGUGAUCUUGCGAAAUGAUUUAUUUUAUUUAUGAGGUUUUUAUCUCGCCGACUUACAAUCAGCCACGAUGAUGGCGGCCUUCUGUUUUGAUCGCAAAAGAGCAAAUUUAGGUUUGCUCUCUCAAGGACUGGGAAAAAGUAUUUUUUUAAUGACUGCAAUUUUCUAACGGAACGUACAAGUGGCUACGUGGGAAUAUUGAGCAAAGCGAAGGAAAUUAAUCGAGAAACGGUCUCGAAUUAUUGCUCAAAAUUGUAAUCUUAUUCGCUUGCAUCUCAGAUGUUGCACUUUUGUGGUUAUGUUUCAAGUAUCUUCGCAUACAACAAAGCGCUUUCUCAUUGUCUGUCUGCUUGUGUGUUUGGUGUUUGAACGCUCCAUUCCCAUUUGCUCUCUUGUUACAAUAAAUAUAUUUCCUAA